GCUUUAAACCCUAGUGUUACUGUAUCAGAGCAAAGCCGGUGCCACCUUUCCCUACUCCCCCUCCUCGCUCAUUUCCCUUUUUCGUCGAUCUAUUUGGUAACUUUGUUCGUUUGUCGAUCUCUUUGCAGAUAGUAAUACCAAAAAGAAAUCAUGUCUCAUCGCAAGUUUGAACAUCCAAGACACGGUUCUUUGGGUUUUCUUCCAAGGAAACGAGCCUCCCGCCACAGAGGAAAAGUGAAGGCCUUCCCCAAAGAUGAUCCAACUAAACCUUGCAGAUUGACUGCUUUCCUAGGCUACAAAGCUGGAAUGACUCAUAUUGUCAGAGAAGUUGAAAAACCGGGAUCUAAGCUACACAAGAAGGAAACGUGUGAAGCAGUAACUGUUGUAGAAACACCACCCAUGGUUGUAGUUGGUGUUGUUGGUUAUGUCAGAACACCACGUGGUCUUCGUUCUCUAAGCACCAUUUGGGCCCAGCAUCUUAGUGAGGAGGUUAAGAGGAGAUUCUACAAGAACUGGUGCAAGUCCAAGAAGAAAGCUUUCAUCAAGUAUUCCAAGAAGUAUGAAACUGAAGAUGGUAAAAAAGACAUUCAGGCACAGUUGGAGAAAAUGAAGAAGUACUGCACUGUGAUUCGUGCUUUGGCUCAUACACAGAUAAGAAAAAUGAAGGGACUGAAGCAGAAGAAAGCUAAUUUGAUGGAGAUCCAGGUGAAUGGUGGAACUGUUGCCCAGAAGGUUGAUUAUGCUUAUGGCUUCUUUGAGAAGCAGAUUCCAGUUGAUGCUGUUUUCCAGAAAGAUGAGAUGAUUGACAUAAUUGGAGUGACCAAGGGGAAAGGUUAUGAGGGUGUUGUGACCCGUUGGGGUGUCACCCGUCUGCCCCGUAAGACCCACCGUGGGCUUCGUAAAGUAGCCUGUAUCGGUGCUUGGCAUCCUGCUAGGGUUUCAUUUACGGUUGCCAGGGCUGGACAGAAUGGUUACCAUCACCGUACCGAGAUGAACAAGAAAGUUUACAGGCUUGGGAAGGCAGGCCAAGAAUCUCACUUGGCCAUGACUGAGUUUGACAGGACUGAGAAGGAUAUUACACCAAUUGGAGGGUUCCCCCACUAUGGUGUUGUGAAGGAGGACUAUCUGCUGAUAAAGGGCUGCUGUGUUGGCCCCAAGAAGCGUGUGGUCACCUUGAGGCAGUCGCUCUUGAAGCAGACGUCUAGGCUUGCCAUGGAGGAGAUUAAGCUAAAGUUUAUCGAUACAUCCUCCAAAUCUGGGCAUGGUCGGUUCCAGACAACUCAGGAGAAGGACAAGUUCUAUGGGCGGGUCAAGGCUUGAUUUUCUGGCUAAUAGAAAGAGAUCUAUUUACCCUUUAUUCAUAAAUUAUGAGUUUCUGUAGGCUUUGACCGUUGUUUUGAACUCUUAUAGGCAUUGGGAUUUUGUGACUAUGAUGUCUGGGAGUCGAUGAGUUUGCUUUUUGCCACCCCUAUCAGCAAUUAUUAUGGAUAUUAAGCUAAUGAUGCUACUUGGUCUGCCCUU